AUGGCUGGUGGCUUCCUCCCAUACCACGAACCCGGAAUUGUCGAAAUCCUCAUCAUCGUUUCUUUCUUCUUUUUCCUAUCUCUUGCAAGAUGGGUAUCCGCAAAGAUAAUCCAGGCCGGAAUCAUCGGGCAAAUCGCUGUCGGCAUCAUCUACGGUGUACCUUUGGCCAACAUCCUGAAACAUAAUUGGCAAGAGACUUUUCUCGCACUAGGCUAUGUCGGUCUGAUCUUAAUCAUUUUCGAAGGCGGGCUCGGGACCCGGUUGGAUCUGCUUAAGCAGAAUUUCACGUUGAGUAUGGUUGGUGCGACAACCGGUGUCUGCUUUCCUAUCGCUCUUUCGUACCUGCUACUCUUUCUUGGGUUUGGAUAUGGCGCGGUGGAGACAUUUAUUCUUGGCGCAUCUCUUUCUGCGACCUCAUUGGGAACCACAUUUGCCGUUAUCAGCUCUGCAUCUGGCUCGGUUAAUCUUUCGCAGACUCGAGUAGGGUCAGUUCUCGUGAGCGCUGCUGUCAUCGACGACGUAGUAGGACUUGUUAUGUUAAGUGUUAUUGGUGAUCUGGGCCAUAUAUCAGGCGGCGGUGUUAACCUGGGGUGGCUCAUCGGACGUCCUAUAGUGGCCUCAAUAGGCAUGGCUAUCGUAACGCCCAUUGUCACGAAGUGGGUAUUUGCACCUUUAUUCCGAAAGUACAUUGAGUACCACUUUGCGCGCUUCGAUCAUAUCUCUAACAUCAUUCUGAUGAUACUUGUUCUUUCGGCAUUCGUUGCCAUCGCUGGGUUCACCGGCACGUCCGUGCUGUUCGGUGCCUUUCUAGCAGGUGUAUUUCUCACAUAUCUCCCGAGCAAGCGCCCCGAAGGGCCAUUCGUUGUCAUGAGUCGCGAAGAGGGUGAGCGUGAGGCUGACAAAAGUCCAACCUUCGUGCAUACUUUCGAGAAAUAUCUGCUAGAGCCACAGAAAUACUUGAUGGAACCUUUGUUCUUCGCAAGUAUUGGAUUCGCGAUCCCGUUUCUGGAUCUAUGGACGGGGAAGCGAAUUUGGAGAGGCGUGGUUUAUACUCUCCUCAUGGCAUUCGCAAAGUGUAUCGUCGGGAUUUGGAUACCUGUCUGGCAACUCGCCCAGAAAGGCAAAUCCCACGACAAUCAAGAGCCAUGCGAGCAACAGAACAGACAGGGACAACCUGAAAACGAAGAAAACAACGGAAUCACCCAUAAGGAACUGAGCGAUCACGAGAAUGAAGAUGUAUGGCAUAGAGCCUGGCUCGCCGCAGUACUUCUAGGAUCUGCCAUGGUGGCUCGCGGUGAGAUUGGACUACUGAUUAUCGAAAUCGGACAUAACGAAACUCCGUACGUUAGCGACGAUGGUUUCAUCACUGGGGUAUGGGCCAUUCUUCUGAACACCAUUAUCGGCCCGGUUACCGUCGGUAUUCUGGUUCGAAUCUACGCGAAAGAGAUUGAAGAAGGGGAGUGGGGAUCGCAGGAUCUUUCUCCACCAGCUGCAAGUCAUGAGAUGGAUCAAGCAGCGGUAUAG